AUGGAGCAACGGCGCGGUCAAAGGGAAAGGAUUAAAGGUCGGAUCCGCCAGACGAAGGUUAUGGAGAAGAAUAGUAGCUUGCAAGAGUAUAUGGAUAAGAUCAAGGCUCUAUGCGAAGAAAGCCCAUCUACAUCUGGGUUUGACAUCAGUCGCGCAAUGCUUCCAGAACCAAAUCCUUUCGCGACACCAGCACAGGGACCAUAUCAGGGUUCAGCAGCCAUUCCAGGGGCCCUUAUCGGGCUUCCAAUAGAGCCGAAACCAGAGCCACCAGCAGUUGCGGCGCCUAUCAUUUCGUUUGAUCUCAAUAUCGGGUCUGACCAACAGAUGUUCUUAAACAACAAUCCUCUGCAGCCUAACCUAGCAUUGUCGGGCUUCAGCACCACAAAUCCAGCGAUACCAACUCCGCCAUUAGCCAGUAACGAAUUCUUCGCGAACAACUAUGGCCCAAUGCAGCCCUUCAAUCCGAUUAAUCCUCAAGGAGGCUUUGCAUACCCAAACAAGUCUCUCUCCACAUGCUUGCAGACAAUGAUGCCUGUAGAUGAAAAGGACCGUCACCUUCUUGAACACUUUCUUGACAAUUUCAUGCUGUUGAUUUUCCCCAUAGUGGAUGUUCACCAGGCUGGUCCUGCUCGGAUCAGGGAGGUUUUCGGCCUUAUGCAGAACAAUCGCGCAUAUUUUCAUUGCUGCCUCAGUGUAGGCGCAAUCCACCUGAAGAGUAGCCUGGGUAUGGAGGACCAGAUGGAUCAUGACAUUAUGCAGCAUCGCUAUGACGCAAUGUCUCAACUUUGUCGUCUCCUGAGCAAAAAGAGUGGUUAUAUGCAGGUUAUCGAUGCCACACUUGCCCUGAUACUCUUCCACUGCUCCCUUGGCGAACCAGAUGAUUAUCUCCCCGAUGUGCCAUGGACUUCCCACUUCCAGGGAGUUGCCCACCUAGUGAAGAAACUCAACUAUGCACCCAGCCAGUUCAACAUCACUCUCGUCGCAUGGAUCGAUAUCAUAGCAGCUACCAUGGCGGGGGCGACGCCGCACUUCUCUCACACAUACCGGACGAAGCACCUCAGUGGCCAUACAUCUGGCCUACAGCAGCUGAUGGGCUGUGAUGACCGUGUCAUGUACCUGAUUUCGGAAAUCACAUGUCUAGAGUCAUUGAGACUAGAGGGUCUCGUAGAUGAUAUGGCUAUACUAAGCCACGUCUCAGCGUUGACAGGACAGCUUGACUGGACGGAGCCAGCUGAUCCAAGACUCGAGGUACCUUUUACCUCUAGCGGAGCCGUCGUUCCAGAAAAGUUGACCAAGAUCAUCACCGCCUUGUACCGUAUCGCGGCUCGCCUAUAUCUUUAUAGCCUGCUUCCAUCUGUCGAUUAUAACGACCCUGCCAUUACCACCUGGUUGGCAACCAUGAUCGAAAUUCUCAAGUACAUCCCCGCAGGUUCCAGUGGCUUUGAUCGCUGCCUCGUCUGGCCAUUGUUUAUUGCAGGAGCAUUUGCAUCGCCGUCCAGUAACUUCCGAAAAGUAUUAACCGAGAGAAUUGUUGCCCUCGGGUAUUUAGGAAAGCUUGGUAGUUUCGGCAAGAUGUAUCGUGUUUUGAAAGAAGUCUGGCGAGAAUCCGGAGGUCCGGUGCCACCAACUGGAGAUGAAGAUGAUUCCCACGACGCUGCAGAGGACCCUAACUUUCCAAUCAAUACUAGUGGCCUUAUCAUCACUUGGCAGCUGGAAGAUCCUUCACAAGGGACUGAACAACUUAACCAACCUGAGGUUCCCGAGAUUCCCAGGACACGACAGGUCCAUUGGCGAGACGUCAUGAAACGCAACAAAUGGAACUUCUUGUUGAUGUGA